CUGCCUCGACCACCAUGCACGCACGCGCACCCCCUGUUCGUAUUCCAUCCCAACCCGCACUCUGGUCUGUUCCAUUUGUUCAUACAUCCACUGCCUGACUCUCAAAUGCGCAACUUCAUCACCACCGCCUUGAUCGCAGCAUCGUGCUUUCCGCGGACGCACAAGCUCAUUUAAGCCACUCCUUGGCGCUGCAGUGCGCUCGGCACGUGUGCCCUUCGGAAGAUGCUCCUGACACGGCUCCCGAGAGCCACGAAAGCCAUUGUCUUCGCGGCUGCUGUAUUCGUCACUGUGCUUGCCGCUCUGCACCUCAAUGGCCCGACAUGGCGGACUUCACCUGGAACACAGCCAUUUGCCUACGAGCCUGCCGACGGCCUGGUGAGCCAUGAUACCACAGGAUCUGUGUCCGCCGCUCAACAACCGGCGGACCCCGUCGACAGCCCUCAUCAACUUCCUUGCCAAGGAUUAACAGGUGGCGACGAUGUACUCGUGGUCAUGCGAACUGGUGCGACCGAAGUGAAAGACAAACUACCAGUGCAUCUCAACACGACAUUUCAAUGCUACAAGCAUCUGGCCAUCUUUUCCGACUACGCCGAAACAUUUGAAGGCUAUCAGAUUCACGAUGUCUUAGCAGAUAUUGCAGAAGACAUCAAGACCACUCAUGAAGACUUUUCACAUUACCAGCAUGUCCUGCAAGUGGGUCGCGAGAACCUCGCAACUGAAGAACUCUCUGGCAAAGUCAGCUUGGAAAGUGGUCCCGUUGGGAAGAAUGAUAAUGCAGGAUGGCGGCUUGACAAAUGGAAAUUCCUCCCCAUGCUCAACGCCACAUACGAAAUGUACCCCAACAUGAACUGGUAUGUUUUCGUAGAACCCGAUACAUACGUGGUAUGGAGCAACAUGUUGCAAUGGCUCUCGACAAUGGACCCCAGCAAACCAGCAUAUUUCGGCAGCGAGGUCAUGAUCGGAGAUGACAUCUUCGCCCACGGCGGUAGUGCAUUCGUGCUUUCAUCUGCCGCUCUGAAAAUUGGCGCAGAGAGCUACAGGCAGCAUACUCGAGAUCUGUGGGAUUACACUGGUGGUCACUGGGCCGGAGAUUGUGUGCUAGGUGUGACACUACACGACGCAGGCGUCGAUCUGACCUGGAGCUGGCCGAUGUUCCAAGGCGGCAACCCAUCUUUAAUGGACUGGACAGAAGACAAAGGUGAAGACCGCAGACUCUGGUGCCUCCCAGCUCUCUCAUACCAUCAUUUGAACCCCGACGAAAAGCGUCACCUCUUUGAGUUCGAACAAGAUUGGAUCAAAAAGCAUCACCUGGGCUCCAUCUGGAAAGACAGUUCGGAGCAGAUUUUACAUCACCGCGACCUCUACAAGACUUACGUCCGUCCACAGCUGGAGUCUGAAAAGCAAGACUGGAACAAUUUUCCUGAAACGACCUUGACAGAGAUGACAUUCCAUGAAUGCCGUGAGCAUUGCGAAAGGGAUUCCACUUGUAUACAGUAUGCUGUCGAUGCAGAAGGCCGCUGCGCAAUUGGCACGCAGUUCCGACUAGGUCAAGCCCAAACUGGAGUCCACUCUGGCUGGAUCGUGGAGCGCGUGGACAUGUGGGCGGCCAACUUGGACGAUUAUUGCUCGGGAAAGAAUUCGUGGACAGUGCCGUGAAUGCUGUGCGCUGUCGACGCCGCCUGGUGGACAACCUCAUUUGGCCAUAUUUGGAGUAUAUCAAGCAUGUCCUCUCCUAGAUUGGCAGGGAGAC